ACAGUGCAAGGGGCGGAACAACACACCAGACCUGGAAGGAAGGGGAGAUGGCGGAGCUGUGCUACUUUCAAUCUUAGCGUAUCAAUAUUAGAUUCAGCUCAAAGUUUUCCAAACAAGUGACCAUUCUCAAACACUCAACGUCCAUCCAGGAAUGGCCGAGCAAAUCAGCAACGUUAGAUAUCAGGAGCUGGUGAAUGAGGAGGAGCCAGCAGCAGCUCAACCCCCUCAGGAGGAGCCAGCAGCUGUCCUGGAUGCCCCUCCCCCCUACAGCAGCAUCUCAGCUGCCAACGCGGCGUUCUUCGACUACAAGGAGGAUGCAGGCAGGUUCCCCAACCCCCCGUCUUACAACGUGGCUACCACACUGCCCUCGUAUGAUGAAGCAGAGAGGACCAAAGCGGAGACCGCUGUCCCUCUGGUCCCUGGCAGGGUCGUGGAGGAUGACUUUGACGAUGCUGACCAGCUGCGCAUAGGGAAUGAUGGCAUCUUUAUGCUCACCUUCUUCAUGGCAUUCCUGUUCAACUGGAUCGGUUUCUUCCUGUCCUUCUGUCUGACCACUUCUGCAGCCGGCCGCUACGGCGCCAUCUCUGGGUUUGGCCUGUCUCUCAUCAAAUGGGUUCUCAUAGUCCGGUUUUCCACCUACUUCCCCGGCUACUUUGACGGUCAGUACUGGUUGUGGUGGGUGUUCCUGGCUUUGGGCUUCAUGCUGUUCGUCAGAGGGUUCGUCAACUACUCCCGGGUUCGCAAAAUGGCCGACCCUACUUACGCCACACUGCCCCGAACGAGAGUCCUGUUCAUCUACUGAAGCCGGUUUUUGAAUAAACAAAACGUCCCUGAAUCUGGAUAGAGAAUCCUGGUUGUUUUUGAAAAGCAUCAUAACGACAAAACAGCAGAAGUCUAAAACCAAACUACUCAGAUAAGCAUCACGACAUGGCAGGAUGGAGAAGAAACAACACAAUCUUGAUGACUACAACUCUUGUAACAUUCAGGAAUUAAAUACACCAAUUGUUUUAUUUUGAAAAAUGUAAUUAAUGGAUAAUGAUAGUAUGUACUCAUUAGUGGCGAAUGUUAAGUGCUAUUUGACACUUUUCAGUCUGUAAUGUAUGUGUAAAUGCCUUAUAUCAUUUGAUGGUAGUGUACUAGCAUGCAUCUGCACCUCAAGGGAUCAGUCUUAUUUCACUAAUGCUUUAUUCAAAGCCCACAGGUGUAAUGCAUUACGAUGCAGUCGUAAUGCAUUAUAAUGCAUUAUAAGCACUUGUCAUAAGCACUUGUACCACCUUUAUGUUCAUAGUAGUCACCAGCUCAUAGUAAUCAUGAGAUGGGGGGGGGGGGGGGGGGGGAUAUUCACGUAUGGUUUUACAAUUUCUGAGUUUGUAAUAAAAACAUUGGCGUUUUAUACAUGCUAAAGUAAUAAUGCGCUAUACCUGUUGGCUUCAUAUAUGAAGCGUUGCCCUUAUUUCUGGCCAGUAGCGGGCAGAGUUCUUUGCUAAAAAUUUGUCAUGAAUUAAUCCUUUUAAGACAUAAUCCUACCUUUUUAUAUGCACACCUACCUCAAACGUAAGGUAUGUGCACAUCUUAAGGUAAAGAUUUUUGUCCAAAGUGUUUUUUUGUUGUACAAGUCAUAGAGUUUUGUGUAGAGAGAAGAAAAAUAACCAUUACUUACGUAUGGAAAAACUAUGAUGCUGUCAGAGAAUGUAAGCAGGUGCACUUUUUAGAAACGUUCUAAUAAAACGCCAGGGAGUUCCUCCCAAUGAAAUCAACAAUACACGACCAAAUGGUAGUACCUGUAGUUAUUCAGUGAGUAUAGAGCUUUCAUAAGGGUGAAAUUGCAAUUUAUAACUAGUCAUAGGGGUGAUAUGGCAAUUUAUGACUGGUCUAUGACCGUACUAAUUCGAUUUAGUAAGAAGACGAGCAAUUGUACUCGUCUAUCUUUCUCUUUAGGAAAUUGUUGGCAUAUUGUUAACUGUAAAUGAUCUCAGACAUGCUCUGUUGCAUCCCCCUGUAUGCCAGCCAGUCUGUUUUAAACCAGUUGUUAGAUUUCUUGCUUAGCCCUUAAUGUGGACUGGUACAGCACAGCUACAAUCCAAACCCAGUCCUUAGACACACAUCUCUCUGAUCCUCUGUGUGAAAUAGUACAGCUGCAUCCUUGGGAUUUUAUUAUGAGAUAUCGUUUUAAACAAAAAAAAAGCUUCAUGUCUAAUAAAUGUCACUUUCAAAAGCAA